AUGGCAAAGAAAAAACCCCCCAAAAAGCCGGCCCCUACCCGGAAUUCUCCAUCCUCCUCUCCAUUGAAGGUCUCUGUUCCCCCAAUUGAAGAUCCGGUGCCUGAGUUCAUCCCAGCCACUGUGCUUGAUUUACCAAGCCCUUCUCUUGGAAACACAGACUGUGAAGUCACUCUAUCCCCGUCCCUGCCCACUGAGCUUGAUGUUCAUCUCGAUCUGGUCUCUGACGCGGAACCCCCAUCCUCUGAAACCCUAGCUACAGUGUCCUGUGAUGUCCCUGUAGUUAAAGAAGGUACUGCCGUCCUCGCGGUUCAAGCUAGUGCGGAAAAGGUUACAAUUGUCUCCUCAUCCGUCCCCGAGCAGUCUAUCACUCCGGUCACUUCCUCUGUUCCCGACCAGACGAAAGCUCCGUCUGCCUCUGUUGAGCAAGCUAAGUCACCAGCUGAAAUAUGGAAGGGCUUUGUCAAACCCACGCAAAUCAAACUUCAACCGAAAGAAACACCAUUUAUAUUGGAAUCUGGUGAAGCGUGUGUUACUAUCCCGAACUCGGUGGUGGAGAAGAACAAGAAAGCUUGGGAAUACUUCAUUAUUGGUAAAUUCUACGAAGAAGCCCCAGCUCGAGGUGCUGUACAUGCCAUUGCUAAUGGUAUUUGGAGCAAUCAGAGAAGGGACAUUUCAGUAUCCAAAAUGGAAGGGAAAUCUUUCCUAUUUCGUGUGCCUUGUCCUAACGCUCGACGCAGGAUACUCAGACAAAACUUCUGGCAGAUAGAUGGCCAAACAAUGUUUGUUGCCAAAUGGGCUCCGGGCUUGCAGCAAGAAAAGCCGGAACUUGAAAUGGUGCCUGUGUGGCUAGAGUUCACGGGAGUUCCGCUCCAGUUUUUCAACAGUGAUGCUCUCCAAGAGAUUGCAGGCAUAGUGGGUCACCCAGUCUGCUUGCAUCCUUCGACAGAGAACCUCACAAACAUUGAAGUAGCGAAGGUCUACACAGUCAUUGACCCGAGGAAGCCUCUCCCGGCCUUUGUUAAUGCGAGAUUCCAAAAUGGUGAUACUAGGAGAAUCUCUGUAACGAGCCCAUGGCUGCCCUCUCAAUGCACUUUCUGUAAGAAGCUAGGUCACACCAUCUCACGCUGCAAAGCUGCUCCGAGAACCUGUGCUGCUUGCAACUCAGUUAGGCAUACCACUGAAAAUUGUCCGAGAGGUCUUAACUUGCCCCCGAAGGAUAAAGGGAAGGCGCCUAUAAAGAGUCUGCUGCCUAUUGUUUCCCUGAACAAGAGAGAGUCUACUCCCAAGCAGGUGUAUAGGGAAAUUCAGAAGAAAGCAAAUGUUCCUUCUCAUUCUGUAUUAGCUCGGGAUUCCGUCGCUAAUGCAGCAGCCGUGAUUAAGGAAGCCGAAACAAAUAAAGAUCCCUCUUCGGUUUCGAAAGACGGGCUCACGGUUACCACAGUUCACGACCUCAAUAUAGGCCAACUCUAUGUUGAUCUCUCAGGAUCUCCGGGCUUCUCUCUCAUCGCCUCAUCAUCCUCCGGUGAAUCAUCCUCGGAACGGGACUCUACUUCUGGUGAUGAGGACAACACAGGGGAUUCCCAGGAUGAAUUCAUAGAAGUCAUCUCUAAGCGCUCUAAGAAGCAACUAAAGGAUAAGGAGAAGUCAAGAGCUAGGCGGAGAGGUUUUAGAAAAUGGUUCAAAAAACACAAACCUAUAUUCGGUGGUCUCAUUGAGACGCAUGUACAGCCGGCUAAAGCAUCGACUAUAGUAUCGCGUACGCUUCCGGGUUGGUCUUUUGCUAAUAACUAUGAGUUCUCUGAUCUCGGGAAGAUAUGGCUUCUAUGGCACCCAUCGGUUCAUGUCGCAGUCAUCUCGAAAUCUCUACAAGUUGUUACCUCUCGGGUUAAGCUGCCAUCGCUCAACUCCGAAUUUAUUGUCUCGAUGGUCUACGGCUCUAACUGUGCUAUUGAAAGGCGUCAGUUAUGGUUGGAACUUGAAGCUACUGCUAAUAAUCCUGCUAUUGCGUGUUCUCCUUGGCUCAUUCUUGGUGAUUUCAAUGAAAUCAUUGCUACUUCUGAGCAUUCGAAUGAAGCAAACAUUGCCAUAACUAGAGGAAUGCGUGAAUUUAGGGAAUGUCUCAUCCGCUGUGAUCUUUCAGAUCUUCCCUACCGUGGAAAUUCUUUUACUUGGACGAACAAGCAUGUUUCUAAGAAGCUGGACAGGAUUCUGGUCAAUGAUAUUUGGCUGCAAACAUUCCCCGACUCCCUCGCGUUAGCUAUCUCAAAGAAGCUUAAAGAGCUAAAGCCGGUCAUCAGAUUUUUUGCUAAAGAAAAUUAUUCAAAUCUGGAAAAACGAGUGGUGGAGGCUUUUGAAAAUCUCUCUCUUUGUCAGCAACUCACUCUUGCUUCCCCCUCUCCCUCAGCAGCUACAGCAGAAGAGGAAGCUCACCGUAAAUGGCUGGAGUUAGCUAAAGCAGAAGACUCUUUUCUCAGACAGCGUUCAAGAAUUCAGUGGACGUCUUUUGGAGAUGCAAGCACAGCUUUUUACCAUAGGUCUAUAAGGACGAGAAGGGACCAGAACCAGAUCGAUUUCUUCAUUGAUAACAAUGAUAAUAUCAUUGACUCCCUGGAGGGCGUUAAGGCACAUGCUGUGUCGUACUUCAGUUCGCUUUUGGGUAGCUCUGAUCAUCACACAUCCUCAUCACCCCAAAUCAUCUCAGACCUCGUCCCCUUCAGAUGUUCACAAGAAUCUGCAAAUGCGCUAAACGCUCCCUUCACCGCUUCAGAUAUUCAGCAGGCCUUCCUAUCCCUCCCAAAGAGUAAGGCUCCGGGUCCGGAUGGUUACCCAGGAGAAUUUUUUCAAGCAAAUUGGGCUGCAGUGGGAAAGGAUAUGAUCGAUGGGGUCAAUGAAUUUUUCGCCUCAGGAUGUCUCCUUAAGCAAUGGAACGCAACCAUCAUCUCCCUAGUGCCUAAGAAGACGAACGCCUCACGUAUCUCUGAUUUCAGGCCUAUAUCUUGCUGCAACUCCGUUUAUAAGGUCAUCUCUAAACUUUUGGCAAAUAGGCUAAAAACGGUUUUGCCGCAGAUUAUAUCAAACGUGCAAUCAGCUUUCCUUCCGGGCAGAUUAUUGGUGGAAAAUAUUCUCCUGGCUACUGAAUUGGUUCAAGGAUACAACUGGAAAUCCAUAUCGAAGCGGUGUAUGCUUAAAGUUGAUCUCAAGAAGGCCUUCGAUACUGUGAAUUGGGAGUUCAUAUUGAACACUCUUGAAGCCUUGGGUUUUCCUCCUUAUUUUCGUCACCUGAUCCGACAAUGCAUUACAACUACUAGAUUCUCUGUGGCCAUUAAUGGUGAAUUGUGUGGAUACUUCAAGGGAUCUAAAGGGCUGAGGCAGGGAGACCCCCUUUCUCCUUAUCUUUUUGUACUGUGCAUUGAGGUAUUUUCACAGCUACUGAACUCUAAAUAUGCUGAUGGUUCGAUUGGCCACCAUCCUAACGCGGUUAACCCAUGUGUCUCUCACCUCGCCUUUGCUGAUGACAUAAUGGUAUUCUUUGAUGGUGAGCGGUCUUCCCUGCAAAACAUCUCUAACACGUUUGAUACUUUCUCGGGAUGGUCUGGCCUUGAAUUGAACAGGAUGAAAACAGAGCUUUAUACUGCAGGCUUGACUCAGAAUGAAACCUACGAACUCUCAGGUCUUGGCUUCACUCUAGGGUCUCUACCUGUUCGUUAUCUCGGGCUUCCUCUUAUGCAUCGUAAGCUACGGCUUCCAGACUACAGACCACUCAUUGACAAGAUUACCGGAUGCUUCUCUUCAUGGUCUAACAGAGCGCUUUCUUACGCUGGGCGAAGAGAAUUGAUAUCUUCAGUUAUCUAUGGUAUCAUAAAUUUCUGGACAUCUGCGUUUAUCCUACCGAAAGGAUGUCUGAAGCGCAUCCAGAGUUUGUGUUCUAUGUUCCUAUGGAGUGGAAAGAUCUCUGGCCCGGUCCAAUACAAAGUCGCCUGGACCACUGUCUGCCUCCCAAAGGCGGAGGGUGGAUUAGGACUACGGGACUUUGGUCUCUGGAACAAAACGUUAUGUUUAAAACUGCUGUGGUUGCUAUUUUCAAAUGGCGCCUCUCUUUGGGCGACCUGGAUGAAAUCAAAUAGGAUCAAGGAUGAAAAUGUCUGGAGCUGCGAUGUAGAUAAAGCAAAAUCUUGGACUUGGCGUGCUCUCCUCCACCUGCGGUACUUGGCCUCUCGAUUCUUAAGGGCUCAGGUUGGCAAUGGUCGACUGAUCAGCUUCUGGUGGGAUAUUUGGACACCUUUCGGUAAACUGAUUGAAUACUUCGGACCUGAUGGUCCUCGAGAGCUGUCUAUCCCUAUUCAGGCCUCCAUCUCCGCCGCUUGCAACUCUGAGGGGUGGCUCGUACGCGGGGCAAGGUCGCCUGCUGCUGAGACGCUUCAGAUUUUCCUUACCACGAUUCCACUUCCCUCCCUUGUGAGUGAAAAUGACUCCUUCGUUUGGCAUGUUAACGACACUGCUCUAGAAAGGUUCUCGGUCAAACGAACUUGGGAAGUCCUGCGUCACAGAGCUCCAACACAACCUUGGUCCUCUUAUAUCUGGUUCAAAGGUGCGAUACCCCGCCAUUCCUUCAAUAUGUGGCUAGCUCAGCUUGACAGGCUACCCACAAGAGCUCGUCUAUCCCAAUGGAGCACCAACAUCCCAUCAUCUUGCUGCCUCUGUAAUAUCCAUACAGAAGACAGAGACCAUCUCUUCUUUCGCUGUGAAUGGAGUGCUGAUCUCUGGAACAUCGGUCUGUGCAGAAUGGGAUACUCCUUUGCGGGGUUCCACACGUGGUUAGCUUUCUCCGAAUGGCUUAGCCUGCGUGACAUAAUUGUUCCUAGGUUACUCAAGCGUCUAGUGGCCUCUGCAACUAUCUACUCAAUUUGGUCUGAAAGGAACAAGCGCUAUCAUGAUAACAUAUCAUCGUCUCCAACAACCAUCUUCAAACUACUAGACCGUUUCAUUAGAGAUGCAAUUCUGUCCAAGAGGAAUCAAAAACAGAGCUGCGGACUAAUGCAACACUGGCUUUCUAGGGAGUGA